CGAAAGCGUUAGUGUAGUAGCAGCCUGACAAAGAUCGUGUGGUUAUCGUUUGUUACUUUCACGAUUUUUUCAAUUUUAAAUUAUUCCUAAAUUUUUUUAUAUCUUCCUGAUUGAAAAAGACAAGGGGGCAAAAGUUUAAUAACGAAAAUAAGAAGUGCGUGCGUAUAUGCAGGGGUACGGGAAGUGGAAAUUUAUCAAGUCGUAAGCACGACGAUUGUCUGUCUGGUUAACUAGCUUCUCUUUCUUGUUAUUUUCUUACUGUUGCCGCCGCCAUCACCGCCGUGACUGAAUUAUUUCCUGGUGCCUUUUAAUUUCUCUUUAUUAUUUAAAUUUGUAUCUAGUAAAGAAAAAAAAAAUAAAGAAACUACCGCAGUGUUGCGUGUGUCAUAAUACAUUGGUUAUUGAAAUUUGACGUGCGAUUCUUUACAUCUUUUAAGUGACAAAAAUAUCAGUGUGACGUGAGCUCAAGCGAGUUGUGUAAGCAAUAAUGACCGACAAGAAAGCAUAUCCAGUAGCUCCUCACCCGCCUACUGGUUUUGUUCCAGCUCAGGCACAACCAACUGCAUAUGGUGUUCCAGGAGCUGCACCGUAUGGGGUUUUUCCAAAUCAACCUCAACUUUAUGCUACGCAAGGACCACCACCUCCAACAUAUGAUCAAACUCUUACACAUCCAAUGAUGUACCAACCAAUGUAUGGUCAAGGUUAUCCUGGAGGAUACUUGGCUGGUUACCCAACUGCCUAUGGACCACUUCAGUAUUAUCCACCAUUAGCAGCAGCUGCAGCCUAUUAUCCCACUGCUAUGCAACCUGCUCCAGUUAGGCCAACAAUUAUGGUAUCCCAGAAUGGUUUUGAUGGCUCAAGAUUUGAUGGAAUAUCACAACCAGUACUCCCUCCACCUCCACCUGGUGUAGCUGCAAAUGCGGCACAAUUAGCUGCAAUGGCAGGUCAUAGUGUCGCACUUUCGCAAAAGAAGGGUUCGUUCUUAGGAGGAGGAACAGAUGGUGGUUACACAUUUUGGUAAAUCGUAAUCGUGAACUAAAAAGUUCGCACGUUAAGAAGAGUGAACAAAAGAAGAAACAAAGGCAUUGUUGUUAAGAUCCGUAUAGGCAAAAUAGAACAAAAAAUUCGACUGUUUCCAGAGUCUAUACUUUUUUCCUGUUGGGUAUUACAUAUUUGUUGAGAGACCAUUUUUAAUGGCUGAUAUUAACAUCAAUCUGUCUGUCUUUAAACUGAAACAAGACCACGAUGAAUAAAUUUAAAAAUGUUUCAAACCAAAUUUUAAUUUUUGCUUUUCAGGAUACAUCUUUAUUACAUCUACCUCCGUUUUAUAGUUCUAUAAUUGUGAUUUGUUUCAUGGUCUUCUUUCUAUUUGACAGCCAGACUAUACACCUACGAAUUUUUCUUAUUGUGAAAAACCUUGAAUCACUUUUGUAGAGAAGAUAAAAAAUGGACUGCUCAGUAUUAAAAAACAUUUGAGAAUAGAUAUGCUACUAUAAAGAGAACACUCUUGACGAUUUAGGCGAGAUCAUUUAUAGUAAAAGAAAUUAUUUAAAGAGACAAAAAUUAGGGAUUGAUAAAUACAUAAAUAGAGAGAGAGAG